CACCACAGCUUCUUCAUUAUCAUCAUCUUCCUCGUAUUCUUCUUUUACUUCUCUAUUCUUCUUCCCGUUUCGUUCUUCGCGCUAGUCAGUUGUCACAAAAUUUCAAUUAAGUGUGCAAGAAAUUCAAAAUGGGAUUGUGCAGCAGCAAGAAACGAAUGACAACAGAAAUCACCGAUGAAGAAGUGACAGCAAUUCGAGACGUUUGGAGGCGCGCGAAAACCGACAACGUUGGAAAGAAGAUUCUGCAGACGCUCAUUGAAAAACGUCCAAAGUUUGCUGAGUAUUUCGGUAUUCAGAGUGAAAGUCUUGAUAUUCGUGCUUUGAAUCAAAGCAAGGAAUUUCAUUUACAGGCGCACCGUAUCCAGAACUUCCUUGACACGGCAGUCGGAUCUCUCGGUUUUUGUCCAAUUUCCAGUGUUUUUGACAUGGCACAUCGUAUUGGACAAAUUCAUUUCUACAGAGGAGUCAAUUUUGGAGCAGAUAACUGGCUUGUCUUCAAAAAAGUAACAGUUGAUCAAGUAACAACCGGAACAACGGAUAGCUCCAAAGAAAAGGAGGAUACUAAUAGCAAUGGAACUGCAAAUGGAAAAGUGGAUACUGAUGCAAGUCUUAUCCCGGUAGGAAUUGCUGAUAUUAAUAAUGUAUACAGCGGAGAAAAUUGCUUGGCUCGUCUGGGAUGGAACAAGUUAAUGACUGUCAUUGUCCGUGAAAUGAAGAGAGGAUUCUUGGAAGAAGCAAUGCGUAACUGCAAAGAAGAGGAUAAUAAUGGCCUUCUAAGUGCUUGAAUUUCUUUUCCUUUUUUAUUCCAACCGUAAUUCUAAACACGUGUGCUGCGUUUUUUAAUAUAUAAUUUCUACACCUCUAGUAUUGAUGAUAGAUCAACAAAAAUCUAAAAAGUUUCCAAACAAUAUUAAAUCAUUACGAAUUUAUUCAAGAUUAUUUUUGAUUCCAAUAAGUUUUGCUGCUUUUUCUCUAAAACUGUAAUCAUGCCACCUUGAUUUCGUUCUGAUUAUGGCAGAGAAUCUUUUUUUGCUGAAGUUGCUUUUUUAUCAGGUUGCCCAAUUCUUCCCAAACACUCUCUAAUUAAGAAUUACACCAACAUUCAUGACUUUAAUCAUUAAAUUCAUUAAAUGUUACCAUACAAUAAUAUUUUUUGCUUUACCAUGUGUUUUAAUUACUUAUUUACUGUGAAUAAAAUAUUGAUAAAAA